AUGGAGAAGCGAAGUAUGAAGAAGCGACGUAUGGAGAGGCGAAGAAAUUGGAGUAGUGGCGAAUCCGAACCCGAAGAAAUAGAUGCUGCAAAUUUUGACAUAACAGAUUUGAAUAUCGAAGAUCCUAAUUCUUGGUCUGCCUUUGAUAUUAUUCAUGAUAGUCAUUUUUAUCCAUCUGUCAAAGACUUUAGUGGCACAUCAAAAAUUUCCGAAAAUGUUCUUUUGGAAGGCAAUGAACCGAUUGAUUACUUUCAGUGGUUUUUCGACAUACCUCUGCUUCAAUUGAUAGUAACGGAAUCUAAUCGGUAUCAAAUUCAAAAUCCAGAACCUUAUCAUGCCAAAAUGAAGGAUAACGAAGAAAUAACAGACCAUCCACUGAAAAAAGUGGAACCCAUUAUAGAUUAUCUUCAAGAUAAAUUUUCGAACACGAUUAUUCCCGGCAAAAAUUUAUGUAUUGAUGAGAGUCUCUUGUUGUGGAAAGGUAGACUAAAGUUCAAACAAUACCUCCCGUUAAAAAGAAAUCGUUUUGGCAUCAAACUUUUUGAAUUAGUAGAUUGCCAAACCGGUUUUAUAUUGAAUUUCAUCGUGUACACUGGGGAAAAUACUGAUUACAAAAAGUUUGGCUUGGGAAUAACUGGUGACAUUGUUGCUCAUUUUCUGAAACCAUACUUUGGGAAAGGCCAUGUUGUGUACGUCGACAACUGGUACUCAUCCGCUCAGUUGGCAGAAUUUUUACACGAUCGCGAUAUGGGACUCUGCGGAACAGUGAAAUCUAACCGGAAAGGUUUACCGAAAAUGGAAUCAAAAUUACAACGGGGUGAAGUAGAGGCUGCUCAUACUGUUUGCUGGCUUCUCAUCAAAUGGAUGGACAAAAAGGAAGUCUAUAUGAUUACCACAGUUCACGAACUUGAUUUCUGUGCAACUGGUAAAAAAAACUUCCGUACUAACGAAGACAUUGUCAAACCAACUUGUGUUGUUGAGUACAAUCGAAAUAUGGGCGGCAUUGACAACAUUGACAGGCAGUUGUCUUUGACAGAAUCUGUACGAAAAUCAAUGAAGUGGUACAGGAAGUUGUUUUUCCACUUGAUGGAUUUAGCACUCACUGCAGCUUACUCAUUAUAUAAAAUGAACAAUGAGUAUCUGUCAUUUCCGAAAUUUCGGCUGGAAGUUAUUCGAUCCAUUUUGGGAAUAUCUUCUUUUGAAAGUAUACCUCGACAUUCUGGACUCUCACGAUUGACAGGUAAUCAUUUUCCAAAAUUAGGUAAUUCUGAUCGACGCUGCCAAGUGUGUUCUCUCAAGGGAACUAGAAAAAGAACGAAAUAUUACUGUUCAACUUGUACAACUGCCUUAUGCGUAACUCCCUGUUUCGAAAAGUACCAUACAUUUGAAAUUCUCGGAUAA